GACAUAACGUAUUUCCCAAGCGACCCGCCACCCUACCGCGUUCGCGUCACCCACGUCGCGUCCUACCAUUUUCAACCACUCACUAUGCCACCAAAAUGCACUCAAUUGAGCCAACAAGAGGGCAGAAUCCUGCUUGCUAUUGAGGCUAUCAAGAAACAGGAAAUCACAGUGAUUGCUGAAGCAGCACGUCAAUUCAAUAUACCUUGAAGUUUGAACAACACUACAUGACUGACUAAGUGGCCACCAGAAUCGCACUGAGAAACGCGCUAAUAACCAUAAAUUGAACAAAAAUGAAGAGAAUUCACUUGUACAAUGGGUGCUUUCUAUGGAUCUUCAUGGAGCAGCCCCCUGGCCUGCUACUGUGCAGGAAAUGGUGAAUCUUCUACUUGCAAAGCAUGAUAUCCUGAGCUUGCCUCUCACUUCUCACAAUGAUAUGACUAUGAGCGCGCAAAAACAGAGGAUCCAAGGGUCAUCCAGGAGUAGUUUGACUGUGUUCUUUGUACAAUCAAAGAGAAUGGUAUCCUUCAGAAGAAUAUCUAUAACUUUGAUGAGACAGGCUUUGCAAUGGGCCUCACAGCAACUGCUAAGGUUAUUACUUGAUCUGAAUACUAUGGUCAGCGCUCACUUUUACAACCUGGAAAUUGUGAGUGGGUUACAGCCAUUGAAACAAUUAAUGCCUCUGGGUGGGUGCUUCCACCAGUGAUUAUCUUCAAGGGCAAGGUCCUUAUUAAAGGCUGGUUC